AUGGGCGUGGAAGGCUAUGCCGUUGACGUUCCAGUCACCGGCAUCAACAACGGAAAGAUAACGCUCUCCGUAGUGAUCACUUGCAUUGUAGCUGCGUCUUGUGGCCUCAUAUAUGGCUACGACCUCGGAAUUUCAGGAGGAGUGACCACAAUGCCGUCAUUCCUUCUCAAAUUCUUUCCGUCCGUACUGAAGAAGGCAGCAGCGACCAAACCAAACAUCUACUGCGUAUAUGAUAGUCAGAUUUUGACAACAUUCACAUCCUCUCUCUACAUAGCCGGUAUGUUCGCAACGCUUGUGGCAAGCCGUCUCGUCAAGACUCUAGGCCGGAGGAACGUCAUGCUCUUGGGUGGUUCUACCUUCCUCGUCGGGUCUGCUCUAAAUGGUGGAGCUGUUAAUGUUGCCAUGCUCAUCUUGGGUCGUAUGAUGCUAGGGUUUGGCCUUGGUUUCACUAACCAAGCUGCUCCCAUCUACCUCUCCGAAGUCGCACCACCAAAAUGGCGCGGAGCCUUCGGCACCGGCUUCCAGUUCUUCAUUGGUAUCGGUGUCCUGGCUGCCAGCUGCAUAAACUUGGCCGCCGCCAAGCACCCACACGGGUGGCGUUUCUGCCUCGGCCUUGCCAUAGUCCCGGCUGCCAUAAUGACCUUUGGUGCACUCUUCAUUUCCGACUCCCCCUCAAGCCUAGUCGAACGCAACAAGCUCGAGCAAGCCAAGAGAGCCUUAUUAAACAUCCGAGGCAAAGACACAGACAUCGAACCAGAGCUCGCCCUUCUCAUUAGAAAUAGUGAAAUGGCCAAAGCUAUCAAUGAGGAGCCAUUUAUGACUAUAUUUCAGAGGCAGUACAGGCCUCAACUUGUGAUCGGAAUGCUUGCCAUUCCGUUUUUUCAUCAGAUGUCUGGGAUCAACGCCGUCGCGUUUUACGCGCCAGUGCUGUUUCAGUCUGUAGGGAUGGGAAACGAUUCAGCUCUCUUUGCGACGAUCAUACUCGGAAUGGUUAAUAUCCUGUCGAUACUUGUGUCUGCUUUUGCGAUUGAUCGGUGUGGGAGGAGGUUUUUGUUGAUGGAAGCUGGUAUCCAAAUGAUCAUUACUGAGGUUGGGGUGGCUAUUGUUCUAGCACUUACAACAGGUACUGACGGAACCAAGCGUAUAUCAAAGGGGUAUGCCGUACUAAUCCUAGUGUUGAUGUGUUUCUAUGCUGCUGGUUUUGGUUGGUCAUGGGGUCCGAUGAACUGGCUCAUACCAAUUGAGAUAUUCCCCAUGAAGAUUCGACCCACAGGGCAAAGCGUCGGGAUUUUUGUGAACUUUGCAGCCACAUUUUUGGUGUCCCAAACGUUCUUGACAAUGUUGUGCCAUCUCAAAUAUGGCACAUUCUUGUUCUAUGGAGGUUGGAUAUUGGUCAUGACCAUUUUUGCUGCUCUGUUGUUGCCAGAGACUAAAGGGAUACCACUGGAAUCGAUGCAUACGGUGUGGGAGAAGCACUGGUAUUGGCGUCGGUUCGUUCAGGGUUAA